CUUUGCGGAGCUCGGGCGCCCGGUUCUCGAGGGGCGACGGCAGCGAGACUCGGAGGAGCAGGACGCCGCCGCCAUGGCCUCGCCUGUAACCGCGGAGAAGUAUAUCUUGGGUGUAGACGUGGGCAGCACGGUGAUACGGUGCCAUGUUUACGACAAGGCGGCGGUGCUCAAGGGAGCCAAGGCUAUGCAGGUGGAAGUUGAUUACCCUCGGCCAGGUUGGGUUGAACUGGAUCCUGAAAGACUGUGGACUCAAUUUGUUGAGGUGGUUAAAGAGGCAGUUCAAGCUGCUGGAGUGAAAAUGAAUCAAAUUUCUGCUCUUGGACUCUCGACACAGCGAGGAACUUUCAUUACGUGGAACAAGAAGACAGGAAAACCUUUUCAUAACUUCAUAAGCUGGCAAGAUGUGAGAGCUGCGGAACUUGCAAAGUCCUGGAACAAAUCUCUUACACUGAAGGCAGUGCAUGCUGUUUGUUCCUCCUUCCACUUUUUCACUCGGAGAGAUCGCUUUUUGUUAGCGAGUUGCCAAUGGUUCACAACACAGCAAGUCUCUUUAAGACUGGCUUGGAUUUUACAACACCUACAGGAGGUAGAACAAGCAACUAAAGAUGACAAUUGCUGUUUUGGAACCAUUGACACAUGGCUACUAUAUAAAAUGACCAAAGGUGCAGUGUAUGCUACAGACUACUCAAAUGCCAGUUCAACUGCAAUGUUUGAUCCCUUCAAGCUGCAGUGGAGUGAGUUCAUUAGCAAGUUUCUUUCCAUUCCAAUAUCAAUUUUACCUCCAGUGGAGGACACAAGUCAUAAAUUUGGAACAGUUGAUGCUGAGAUAUUUGGAGUGCCUAUUGAAAUAGCAGCUUUGGUGGCAGACCAACAGGCAGCUAUGUUUGGAGAGUGCUGUUUUGAAAGAGGUGAUACUAAGGUCACCAUGGGGACUGGUACAUUUUGGGAUGUUAACACUGGAAGCAAAAUUCACGUAUCUACGAAAGGCUUGUAUCCACUGAUUGGUUGGAAGAUUGGGAAAGAAGUGAUCUUCUUAACCGAAGGAAAUACUUCUGAUACUGGGAAUUCUAUUAAAUGGGCCCAGAGCUUAGGUCUUUUUACAGAUCCUGAAGAGACAUCAAAAAUAGCCCAGAGUCUAGUAAAUUCAGGAGGCGUUUCUUUUGUUCCAUCUUUUAGUGGAUUGCAGAUCCCAAUGUAUGACCCUUUUGCAUGUACUUCUUUUAUGGGGAUCACAUCUUCCACCACCAAAAAACAUCUUGUUCGAGCUGUGUUGGAAUCUAUAGCUUUCAGUAACAAACAGCUUUAUGAUACCAUCGCAAGAGAGAUGGACAUCCCACCUACGUCCAUUCGAGCUGAUGGAGGUGUCAGUAAAAAUAAUUUUAUAAUGCAGAUGACGUCUGAUCUGAUUAAUAAAUCAAUAAACAAGCCUGUUUGUACAGAUAUGUCUUGCCUUGGAGCAGCUUUUCUAGCUGGCCUUGCUGUAGGAUUCUGGAAGGACAGAGAGCAACUGAAACAGCUGAGGCAAACUGACAAAAUUUUUAAGCCUCAAAAGGAGUUGGAGGAAUACGAACCUGCCAUGGGCAACUGGGUGAAAGCUGCUCAACGUUCUCUCAGCUGGUACAGCCAGACAUCGUAGAAACGGGGUUAUUGCAAAAUGUUACAAUUCAUAUUUUAGAUUAUUAUAUUUAUAGGACAAUACAAACACAACUGCAGUUCUGGUUUAGAGUUGAUUUCUGCUUCUUCCGUGAGGUUAAUUAAAACAUACCAGCUGCCCCUGUGGAAGGUGGAAGUAACCACCUUCAAGAGACUGAAUGCCAAAGUUCCCAAGGGGUGACUUCCUGUAAUAGGCAACUAAAUGGGAUGACAAAGAUAGUAAAAGGUAAAGGUACCCCUGACCGUUAGGUCCAGUCGCGGACGACACUGGGGUUGUGGCGCUCAUCUCGUGCUAUAGGCUGAGGGAGCCGGUGUUAAAAGUCCUAGCAGAUUUUUUUGUCCUUACAUUACUGCUGAUGUUUUACCUUAACGCAAGAAGCUUCUAUGAUAAGUGGAAAGCAGCAAAAAGCACCUUGUUCUUCCAGACUUGUGAUUUCAUCCAUAUAUCCUGAUCUGCAACCUAGCAUAGAAUGUGGCUGCUUGCCCACUGAGAGUUGCCUCGCAGUAAGAGGCACUGAAACAACUAAGCUGAUUGACCUCCGCUUUCAGUGAUGAUGUUCACUUCUUUAUCUGUCCGAAAUUAAAGCCUGGCCACUUGGGAGAGAUCAGCUGAAUUGUCAGAUGAUGUUGGAAAUCAGUUAGCAAUCCCCAUGGUAUAUAGGUGAGCAAAGUUUUAGGAAUCCCUGUUGCCAAAGGUGGUGAUACAUUGCUGCUAAUGCAGAUUAUUGGGAAUCCAGAGAGCCCCAGCCUUUAAAAAAUUUUUAAUCCUAUUUAGCUGCUACAUUUAACCAAUUACACUUGAUGUUUCCAAAUCCAGAGUAGGUCAGGAUUGUCUUCUGCUCUUUUUGGAAGGAAUAUGUCACCACAACUAGAUCUCCCCUCACCCUGUUUAAUUUUCCCUUGUGCUUAUCUGUUUUACUUGCAUUGUUUCAAACUCUACCACAAUGAUUGAUUUCUAUCCACAAAUACAACCUGAAUAUAAAAUAGAUAAGGUAGA